AUGGAGGCAAACAAACGCCAAAAUGUUGCUAUAAUUGGUACAGGGAUGGCUGGACUAGUUGUCGCAUACAUGCUCAGGAAUGAUCAUCGGGGGAGAUUCGACGUGGAAGUGUUUGAAAAGCAAGACAAACUUUCUCUCGACUCUGCAUCAUACAAUCUCACAAACCAGAAUGGCGGAGGCGCAAAGCCCGAACGUCUCGAUCUUCCCAUGCGCACAUUCGCCGACGGAUACUACGAAAGUCUCAAGAGAAUGUACGAUUAUUUUGGUAUUCCGUAUGGCCCGCUGCGGUUUAUUUACUCGCUAUCGACUCUACCGGACAAUUCCACAAAACAAACCUCUCCGUACUAUAUGCAUUCCUCGAAUAACCAUCAAUUACCUCCCUUGCGUCCCACGGGCUUAUCAUGGACUGGGUGGCUGAUCGAGGUGUGCUAUCUGGCAAUGUGUUAUUAUUGGUUUAAGGCCUGCUGCUUCUUUGUAGCGCCCAAAACGCUGGAGUCAUGUGGCACCGAGGAAUCUUUACGUCAAUAUGUGGAGAGGAUCAUGUUGCCCAGUUAUUACGUGAAGCGCUACUUCUUACCGGUCUUCGCAAGCGUUGCCACUUGUUCACACGACGCGCUGAUGGAUUCCCCGGCACUUGACCUAGUUGAUUAUGGAAGACGAACCUUCCGCAAAAACCACCAUACUGUUCUCGGCGGUGUUCAGCAUGUUGAGCAAAAGCUGUCCGAAGAUUUGACAUAUAAACUUGGCAUGAAGGUCACAGCGGUCGAGAAUGUUGGCACAAAAGUUCAAGUGAGCUGGACAGAUACUUGCGAUGGCCAGAGCAGCUCGCGGCUAUUUGACCAUGUCAUUCUGGCCGUCACACCUGAUGUGGUUGGCACGAUUUUCCAGCCUCUCCGAAGCGCAAUGAAGGCCGUUCCAACUACGACCGUCCAAUCCGUUGUGCACCGCGACUUUUCCCGAAUUCUGGAUUCCAGCAAAUCCAUCUGGGCGCAAGUAUCUUUGGGCCCCGGCGAACCAGCACCUCACCCACUCCAUAUGUGCUCAAACGGUACGGCAACUGAGACGGUCCAUGAACAUCCGUCAUCCGCUCUUAUCACGACUUAUCCUAUUGCUCCGAUCGACCCUGAGAAGGUCUUGCACACUGCCACAUUCACUCGUGUUUUGCGAUCAACCACCAGCAGACAAGUCGUCAACCAGAUUUUCGGCCAAAACAAUUCUGGAGGUGAGAAGAGCCAACUCUGGCGGAAUGGAGAUGGAAAUGUCUGGCUGGUUGGUGGCUGGUGCUGGGACGGGAUGGUCCUGCUCGAGGGCUGUCUCGCUUCUGCGACCAGGGUAGCAGACGCCCUUGAUGUCGAGGUGCCUUGGAUGAAAGGGUCAUCCUUAUAA